AUGAUCUUCAAACAAAUUGCAGAGAAGGCCAGCAAAGUGCUGAUGGGCUCGAACGUGGUGAAAGAGAGCGAUUUAAAAGUGAAGGCCCAGGUGGGGAAAGAGACCGAGGCGGGGAAGGACACCGAAACAAUGUUCCACCGCCAAUGCAACGAGGGUGAUACCGCUGGAAGAAACACCCCUGUCAAUCACCAACGAGACAAACUAUCCACCACAAUGAACGACAAAAAAAGAAUGCACGAGAGAGCAAAGAAAAAAGUAAACCUGUUCUUGAAAAGGUACAAACUGGAAGGACGUAAAAAAAAAAAAAAAAAAAAAAACUCGUCUAAGUCGUCCCUUUUGGUACUCUCACAAAAGAAAAAUAAUAGACUAAAAAACUUGAAGAAAAUGAAUAAACUGAGAAAGAUAAAGGAAGACUAUUUAACCAUUCUUAAAGUGCAAAACGAAUUUACACACAAAUACCAAGAGGAGAAGUCAUUCCGGGAGAGCAUCAGAAGCUACCACUCGAAUGAGUUGGCCAAGGAUUAUUCCUACGCACUUUUCUUCUUUCGUCUUUUUGUGAGAGGGGAAUACUUGAAUGGGGAAACUCUCACAGAGGCGUUGGUCAAGGACAAUCGGAGGGAUGCUGACGCGGCAGACCACGUGCUUCUUCCCCCCAUAGAUGAGUCAAACCAAGAUAAACACUCCCAGAUAACAAGAAAAAGUCUCAAGAACGCCGUCGCCUUUCUCAAUGGAAGGAACACACGACUCCUUAUGUGUGACUAUCUGAAGAUCCUAAUGAACAAUAUACAAAAUGAAAAUGAAAUCAGCGCGAAUUUCCUCAUGCUAGAAUAUGUCUCAUCACAGGGAACAAAGCAGCAAAAUAAUUACACUCAAAUGUGUAACACGUACAAAUUAAAAGGACACGGGAAAGAGGAGCAGUCCAUUUUAUCCUACAGUUUCAAUUCUGUAAAGGAAAAAGGGGUAAAUUCUGUUCCGAGUGGGGGGGGACCCAUCCUGGAAAAUUCGGAAAAAGAUCAUAUCGGAAACAAUUCACAUGAGAAUAACGUACAAAAAGAUAGAAGCAGUGUUAACAACUCAAUGGACUUAACUAUCAGUGGUGAUAGAAGUGGGGCAGCCAUAUCCCUCUCAGUUGACGCUACACGAAAGGGUAAUGACCCCAAGGAGGUAGAAAAUCCAUCAAAAAAAAAGGAAAAUGCAGAUUUCGUCCAAAUGAACGAGCUCUUAUUUAAUAAAAUAUUAAACAAUUUCGUAACUGAACUGAAGAGUUUCUUCCUUUCCGUGAUUGCCAAAAUGCAAACAAGCCACGUUGUCUCUGAACUGAUAACCCACUUCGCAGAAAUCUGCCUCACGUUAACACCUUACUAUGUCCACAUAGUAAACUGUAUAGAAAUCCUCUCCGAUUUUGCAAAUAUCAUUCCGGUCAGACACAUGGACCAUCUGAUGAGUUUCUUUCGACGGAACAAAAAUAUCUUCAUUGAAAAGUACAAAGAGUUCCAAAAUUUCGUCAUUUUUAAUGAUCCCAUAAAAACUCAGUCUGUUGGAGCUCGACUUAUUGGUUUUAUUAAAAUUUUGCAAAAAAAGAAUUCUCUCAAUACGAAACAGAAAUCCAUGAAUGUUUUUUUUCUCCAUUUGUUACUUUCCGAAUGUUUACCCAUAAACCACCUUGGCUUCUGCAACAGACAGUCGGUAAAAAAUAACUUUCACCUCUUCUUUUACGACUCCCUGCAGCGUUGUAAGGACACGGCCAAUGAUGAGUCCCUAAUUUUUAGUGAGUUCGAAUUGGGCAUCCGGCAAAAUGUCAAAAAUCAUGCGAAAAUUAGGGAACUCAUUCUGGCUGAAAUUAACUCCCUCUGCCUGCAAGGGUCAACCAGCGAUGGCACCCUCAGCAGUGCAAUCCCCAACGGUGACCGCUCUUGUGGGGGCGACGCCAAGCCAGACGAAGAUCACUCCGAUCAGGCCAAUCACGCGGAUGACGCUGAUCACGUGUCUCGUCCCGACCGUGCUGACCGCCAGGAUGAUCCCACCAAGGGGGACAAACCGAAAGAGGAUCUUCUCAGCAACCGCGACCACUGCGGACUGGAGGAGCCAAUCCACCCCCCGAGCAAAGACAAGAAGGCGCACACAAAUGGGAGGGACUCCAUCAGAAAGCGGAAGAGGGACGAAGAAGAAACCCCCGACCAAGUCAUCCAUAGUGAUAAAAAAGAUAUCAAAAGGCCGAAGCGGAACCUAAUGGCCCAAAUUCCAAAUGAAGAAAAGAAAAAUUACAAAGCCUAUUUGGCCUACCUGUAUCUCAUUUCCUUUGUCCGGUCCCCAGAAAUGUGUACCUCGCAAAACUGUGCCCCAUUGGAAGACGCAUACAACUCAUUUAACCUCUUCCUGGCACAUAUUAAAAACGUGAAAAAAAAAAAUCUCACUAGUGUAAAAAUCGUGAAGGAGUACCUCUACAAUUCGGACAUUGACUUCUUGGGAAACAUACACAUAUACAAUUUGCUCAUUCGCGACAAAAAUUUUAUUUGCGUCUUCUUUUUUAACCUCCUGCUUGUCCUCAACUACCUCAAUGUCGAACUGAACAUUUUAACGCCCACUGCAAAUGAAGACUCCUCCAGUGAAUACAGAACGGUCGAUUCGAAAGGAAAAGAGACGAAUCGCUCCACCACUUCUGCACUCAAUUUAGACACAGCAAAUCAAUCUGCAUCUGCGCAAUCGUUAGAGGGAAUAAGGAAUAGCGAAGACAAGAGUGGGAACUCCCCAUUUUGGCGCAACUCCUCAAGAACAUACUCAAAGAAUGCCAAAGAGGGGACGUCACAGAUGGGAAGCAAUACAAGCAGUCUUAUCGGCAGAGGUAAAGAUAACGACCCCGCUCACCCAGGAAUAUCAGGUAGCAGCAGUAGAGGUACCCAAAAUAUCCCCAAAGAAGUCAAAGAAGUGAAGGAUGUGAAAGAUGUCAGAGAUAUGAAAGACAUCAACGCAGGCGACACAAAAGGUAAAGAUCACCAAUCGGUUAGCGAAAGGACAAAACAUACUCUGCAUCUAUUCGUAAAGGACUUAUUACGUCAUCUAAGCAACUCCAAAAGUAUGCAAUUCUUUAUGAACCUUCUCGCCUCCGAGUACUGCUGGUACAGUUGGAAGAAGCAACUCACCGGAAAACCGACCAAAGAAAAUUCUGAAUCGCCUUUCGAAUUUAACCAUUUGGAAGACCAAUCCAAGAGGAAUAAGAAGCACAAAAAACAGAAAACGAAUCAUACUGACAACGGAAUGGUCGACGAAAACUCCUCUCCUGUGCAGACUCUAAUUCAGCUCGUACAUAAUUUUGAACUGCUAAAUGAGAAAAUGAAAAAUUAUUAUCUAGCCAAUUUGGAUAAUCCAAAUUUGAGAAAGAAUCCGUACAAUUACACAAAGCUGAUUGGCAGCUGUGAAGGUGGUUCCAAUCGACAGAUGCAGACAAAUAGUACCUAUCAAGAUGAGAGGGAGGCUAGCCACUUUCCCGCUCCAACCAACAAAGAAGACUGCAGCAAUGGGGAAGAGGUGGAGCAAAGGGGGCACUCCGCCAAGCAAGCCAUCGAUGAAAUUGGCGAUGGACUUCCCGACCAACCGAACGAUCAACUUGCUGACGAACCGAACGAUGAACUUCCCGACCAACCGAACGACUUAAAGGCGUACCCCCAAAGCCUGCGAGACAUUCGCAAAGUGAACAACUUCCUCCUCGAAAUUAACAAAAUCUACCUGGGCAGACAAGCCGAGUUCUGGGAACUAGACGAUAGCGACUCACUCAUAGAUUUGAGAAAAAAAAAAAAUGAAGAAAAAAUACUAAUUGAAAAACUAAUUGACAAACUGGAAGAUUACAAACAGAAAAUGCACAUUGAUAAUGACCCCGUCAACGAAAUUGAGGAAAGUGAAAAAAGCAAAAACGACCCCGUGUUCAAAUUCAGGCUAGCCAAAUUGUUUAUCGUCAAAUAUAUUGACCUGUACACUAUCGUCAAGGACAAGGAAUUCUCCACCGACUGCGAUUUUUUGUACAAUCUAAUGGUACAUAUGGAUAAAAAUCUGGCCAAGAAAAAAAUUCUGCUCAGUGCGCAGGAGGGGGAAGUGGGCGAGGAGGUGAAAACGGACGGGGAAACGGUAGACGUACGGGAGGAAGCGCAGGAAGAGGCAAAAGCAAACGGAAAGGAGAAGGCGGAGGGGGAAGAAGUUACAGUAGGAGAACCGGAGCGGAAAGCAUAG